GCCUGGCGCUUGCGCAGUAGCGGCGGUGGUGUCGCUGCUGCUAAGGUUGAAGUGGCCGAGGGCGCUAAAGGUAAAAUGCAUAAACUCAAAUCAUCCCAGAAGGACAAGGCUCGCCAAUUUAUGUCAUUUACCAAGGCUGGAGAAAGCACUGCUAUCUACUGUUUAAUGCAGAAUGAGUGGAAACUAGAAACCGCCACAGAUAACUACUUCCAGAACCCAGACCUGUACUACAAAGAAUCCAUGAAAAAUUCCGUAGACAAAAAGAAAUUAGAACAGUCGUUUAACAGGUACAAAGACCCACAGGAUGAGGACAAAAUUGGCAUUGACGGAAUCCAACAGUUUUGCGAUGAUUUAAACCUGGACCCUGCCAGUCUCAGCGUUUUGGUCAUAGCGUGGAAAUUCAGGGCGGCCACUCAGUGCGAAUUCAGCAAAAAAGAAUUUAUAGAUGGCAUGCUAGAGCUUGGGUGUGACAGCACAGAAAAGCUAAGAGUGCUACUGCCAAGAUUAGAACAAGAACUUAAGGAUCCGAUAAAAUUCAAAGAUUUCUAUCAGUUUACCUUUAAUUUUGCAAAGAAUCCUGGACAAAAAGGUUUAGAUUUGGAUAUGGCAGUUGCAUAUUGGAAUUUAGUCUUAACUGGAAGAUUUAAAUUUUUAGAACUGUGGAACAAAUUUUUAACGGAACAUCAUAAAAGAUCAAUCCCCAAAGACACUUGGAACCUUCUGCUAGACUUUGGAAAUAUGAUUGCAGAUGAUAUGUCCAACUACGAUGAAGAAGGAGCCUGGCCGGUUCUCAUAGACGAUUUCGUGGAAUUUGCCCGACCGCUAGUUACAGGAGGGAAGCGCCGUACUUUCUAACCGCAGACAGGCCCGACCGGAUCGAGACGGCAGUCGGAAUUGCUUUGGGAAGGGGGAAGUAGUUGACUACAGUAACUGCGCCCGAUUUCAGGAGUCGGAGUGGAAUCCCCACCCCACCCCCCGGCUCUUUAUGCUGCUUAGAGAGAAGCCCGUGGCUGACUCCCGAACUCGACUCCGAAGAUAGCCCAGGUUCGCCCGGAGCCGAUCGCCUCAUCGGUUCGAUCGUUCAGGAACGAAGUCAUUGACUCUUCCAGAAAGGUUCACCAGCGCCAUUUUGUUGGCUUUUGACGUCAAAAGAGAUGCCCCAUCCGAAUUCCAACCCAAGGCGAACACCAGCGAUUACCGUUAACUAGGACCGGGUUAUACCGUGCUCAUAUUGAGAAGCAACAUUUGUAGGCUGAAUCAAAUCCCGAAAUGAAAUGUAUCUAAUAGGUCAUAUUUUUAUACAGAUCAAUGAUAUUUGUUAAAAAAAAAAACAUAGGCCCGAAAGAUGUAAUCUUGUAAUUGACGGCUGUUGACACUUUUAUACUUCUUGUCAGGGCUCUAGAUUUCUAUUUUUUUUAACCUAUCGAACGUCUAGAUUUGCCAGAUUCUGUGCCCUUUUAGUUUUAAUUUUCUUAUUUUAAAGUUCACUCAAAAAUCAAUCUGAGGGUGUAACAUCUACAUCAGCUUAUACACAGUGGGAGUCAUAUUAAGACCGAAGCUUGGUUUCCGAUUCUUUUGACAAGUGGUACGCGUUUUUAUUUUAUGUUUUGAAAUCCUCCUCAGACCUCCAAAGAGGUUCUCAUAAACUUUUAGAAAUUUAA